AUGGUCAAACCAGAUGUGAAGCAUAACUACUAUGCCGAUCUCGAACUGCCGACCACAGCCUCCGUAGACGACAUCAGGAAAGCGUACCGCAAGCUCGCAUUACAAUAUCAUCCUGAUCGAAACGCUGGGAAAGAGGCGGAAGUUGUGCCAAGGUUCCAGGCGAUACAGGCCGCUAACGAGGUCCUGUGUGACCCAACUACGAAAGCUCAGUAUGAU